UUAUCUAUUUGUUCAUUCAUUUAUCACAAAAACAAGGAAGACUAUAGGCAUUUCGAUGUAAUUUUCAGGUUGAUUUCAUGGCAAAAUUCGGCUACCUUCAGAUCGACAAUAAUAACGAUGGACCACAGGCGCUUAUCGAUCCGAAUUCCAUGUCAGAUGCGCUGAAAACUGUGCAAAGUUUUGGAGGCAUUCCUCAAACUGGCCUAUUGGAUGAGGCCACUAUCAAGUUGAUGCAAAGACCACGAUGCGGUGUACCAGAUAUCCUACCGAACAACCGUAAAAAACGAGAAAUUCCUUGGUCUUAUGGCUGGAACAAAGCUUUCAUCACCUAUUUUGUAGGCGAAACAUUCAAAAUCUCAAGAGACCUGGCAAGAAUCGAAAUAAAGGAUGCAUUUGAGAAAUGGGAGAAAUAUUCGAGGUUGAAGUUUAUUGAGACAUCGGACAAAGAAAAAGCAGAUAUCGUUAUCCUUUUCAAAUCGGGGAAUCAUGGAGAUGGGAAUCCAUUUGAUGGAAAGGGUUAUAUCCUCGCUCACGCUUUCAGUCCAAGCGAUUAUCAUGGAAUCAGUGGCGAUAUUCAUUUUGAUAACGAUGAAAAUUGGGCAAUAGAUUCCAAUCGGCAUG